UAUUUGGAGCAGAAAUAUAAUAUAUUAUCUUUUAAUAUAAUAUUUUGUGAAAUGUAUUAUUUGGUUAUGUUUAAAUAUAAAAGGUAAUAAGUCAAUAUUUCUAAAAUUGGGUUUAUUUAAUGCUGGAUCACUCUCUACUAAUCACGACGAGUUUGCGGUGGCUUUAAAUUCCUAUUCCCCAGAUAUUCUGGCUAUAAAUGAAACUUGGUUGAAAGCUGGCGAGGAUGCGCGAGCACCCGUUGUCAAGGGUUUUAAACUUAUUCAUGUACCAAGGUCACCUACAGUUCGCUCUCGAGGAGGCGGUGUAGGGUUUUAUGUUAAGCAAGGGCUUAAAGUCCGCAAGUGUUCACACCCGCCUGGACCUGUCGAAGUUGAGCAGAUGUGGAUAUCGCUUACUAUUAAUUUACACAAUAUCCUGAUCGGUACUGCCUACAGGCCGCCUUGGCUUGAUGUAGAUAAAUUUUUUGAUACUCUUACGGAAUCCAUUUUGUUCUUUACUAAAUUUGAUGAAAUUAUUUUGCUAGGGGACUUUAAUAUUAACCUUUUAAAUAAUACCAGCAACAGUUCUCAGCAACUCAAUAAUUUUUUGCGUUACACUAAUCUUCAAAAUUAUGUUACGGAACCCACGCACUUCACGUCUCACAGUGAAACACUUAUAGAUAUUGUAUGUUCUAACAUUCCAAUUAUUAAUCUUAAAAUCAAUCAUAACCCUGACCUAGGUGGACACGCGAUGAUUUUAGCUGAGGUGAAGAUAAAAAAGCCUAAAAUUCCGUCGAAACGCAUAACCUAUCGCCCUAUUAAGAAUAUUAAUAUGAUAGAAUUUAAUAAAGACCUUGAGAGAGUAAACUGGAAUGGGAUCAUCAAUGAAAAUAGCGUCGACAGCAUGGUAACUUCUUUUAACAAAGCAAUUAUGGACAUUUUUGAUAAACACGCGCCUGUAAAAACAUUUAUAACAAAAGACCACUAUAGUCCCUGGCUAACUAGUAACGUUCGCUACAUUAUGAAACUACGAGAUGAGGCGCAUGCAAAAUACAAAACGCGCAAGACAGAUGUUAGUAAAAGCGAAUAUAAAGACUUAAAACAUCUCUCUAAUAUUAGCGCCAUUUGUGAAAAGAAAGCUUUUUAUGAUCAUCAUAUUAACGCGCACUUAAAAAAUUCAACCUACCUUUGGAAAAAUCUGAAAAAGCAUGUUUUACCCAAUUUCAAAAAUACUGGUGAUUUACCUGAACAAUUUGAUAACCCCGACGUAAUAAAUGACCAUUUUCUGAACAUACCUGGCAAUGAUGCAAUUGACGAGUCUUGUCUGGCACGCUUUGGAUCACAGAAAUUUCUAAAUAAUAGUAGUUUUCAAAUCGAACCUGUACAUGAAAAUUCAGCUAUGUGGAAAAUCCCAAGUUUUCAGGAGACUAUUUAAGCUUAAAUUUUUU